AUGGGAAUAAAUCGAGCAAGUAAGCUAACACCAAAGUGUAAAUCACUGUAUGCCAAUGCUUUGCUUCUACAGAAGCAAUUACGACGCGAGCAUAAAAAAUGUAACACUUUCAAGCAAAGACUUAAAGCUGCUAGCAAUCACCUUCAUUGCCAAACAACCCAACAAAUGACUACUGCAGCACACAUUUUUACAAAAUUACAAUUUCGUGAAACAAAAAUGAAACCUAAAGGACGACGUUUCACCCUCAAUGAAAAGUUAAUGUCUUUAUCGUUGUACAAACAAAGCCCUAAAUCAUAUAGAUUGUUGUCAAAGAUGUUUGUACUUCCAUGUAGAAAAACUUUAAGUAAUAUGUUGGCAUUUAUACCCAUCAACACUGGUAUAGACCCUACAUUAAUGAAAGUGCUUAAAGAAAACGUCAAAAAUUUAAAACCGAAAUAUAGAUUUUGCAGUAUAUUAUUUGAUGAAAUAAGUCUUAAUGCUGGUUUGCACACGACUAACAGACAUGAUUUGGCACAUCAAAUACGGGAAGUUAUCAAAGCUGUUCAAUCAACCGGCCUUAAAGUUAUAUCAACGAUAUGUGACCAAGGUGCAACUAACUCAGCUGCUAUAAACAUCUUAAUAAAUGAUACAAAGGCAUAUUACUGGAAAAAUAAUAAAGAAUACAAUGGCGAUUUCUAUGAAGUGGAAUACAAAUUUGGCAACAGCACUGAAUUAAUCAAAAUUUUUCAUUUGUUUGAUCCACCUCACCUGCUAAAAGGAAUUCGAAAUAACUUACUAACCAAAAAUGUUUCAUUUGAUAUGGACGGUGAAAAAGUAGCUAGUUGGCGCGAUAUCAUGAACCUUUAUGAAUUGGACAGUGGUAUACCAGACGUGAAAAUGCUUCCCAGGUUAACUAAAGAACACGUUGUGCCUAAUGAAAUUAGAAAAAUGAAAGUAAGGAAUGCUGCUCAAGUAUUGAGUCAAAGAGUUUCAUCCAUUAUGGCAUUUCUGGCAUCAAAAAAUCUUAUCGGAGAAACAGCAGGUGACACAGCUAAAUUUUGUCUUUUUUUCGACAAAUUAUUUGACUCCGUCAAUAGUAAUUAUGAUAAAGUAGUAGAUGGCAAAAUUUAUCGAGCAGGAUUAAAAAAGAAUUCUCCUCAUCAUCAACUGUGGAAAGAUUCUUUAAAAAUUUUGAGUACCAUGCGUUUUUUGAGUCCUUCUACUGGAAAGCCAUCCACUCCACAGCCACCAACUUUGAAAAAUUGGAUUAAAACAAUAAAAAGUUUCCAAAAUAUAUUUCAAGUGUUGAGUGACAAAGGGAUACAAGUUUUGCUUCUGAGACACUUUAACCAAGACUCAUUGGAGAACUUUUUUGGUGCCUUGCGAGCUUUAGGGUAUCGCAAUAAUAAUCCCACCUGUGAAAUGUUUUCAUCAGCUUAUAAAACUUUGCUGUUGAAUAAUAUUAUGUCGACACAUUCCCCCGGCAGCAAUUGUGAGGAUGAUUUUUCAGAAGCCUGUUUGGUUUCGUAUCAAACAUUGUUUGCCACAUUUAAUAACAAGCUGGAUACUGAUGAACCAGAAUUUGAUAGACAACGUGUUGCUGAUUUACCCAAAGAAGAAAAUCCUAGCUUGGUUAAUGCGCCCAGCGCCCAGGGUUGGCAAUCUAUAUACGCGGCGGCGGCGAUUAGAGCUAUGGGUGGGUGGAGAGAAGGGUUCGAAGUUUCAUUCACCAGCCACCGGGAGCGCAGUGUUCAAUGUCCCGAAUAA